AUGGUCAUUCCUGUUUCUUUGGAGGAAAUUAAGGAUGUUAUGUUCUCCAUUGGUGACAACAAAGCUCCUGGUCCAGAUGGAUUUACCUCUGCAUUCUUUAAGAAAUCAUGGAGAGUUAUUGGCGAUGAAGUGAGUUCAGCAAUACAGGAUUUCUUUGUGCAUGGGCGCCUCCUUCAAGAGGUUAACCAUACUAUCCUUGCUCUUAUUCCUAAAGUAAGUACCCCUGCUACUGUGUUCGACUAUCGGCCUAUUUCGUGUUGUAAUGUGAUAUACAAAUGUAUUAGCAAAAUAAUUACAAAUAGAAGUAAGCCUGGCCUUGAUACUCUGGUUAGUAUAAACCAGUCGGCCUUUAUACCUGGAAGGAAGAUAUCUGACAAUAUCUUGCUCACCCAGGAACUCAUGCACAAUUAUCAUCUUAAUAGAGGCCCGCCUAGAUGUGCAUUUAAAAUAGAUAUUCAUAAGGCUUAUGAUACUGUCAGCUGGGAUUUUUUAAGGGAAAAUCUAGUGAAGUUUGAUUUCCACCAAACUAUGGUUAAUUGGAUUAUGGCGUGUGUUACUAGUGUUUCCUAUUCUUUGAGUAUUAAUGGUGAUCUGCAUGGAUAUUUCAAGGGUAAACGUGGUUUAAGGCAAGGUGACCCCAUGUCACCUUACUUAUUUACACUAGUUAUGGAGGUUCUUUCUUUGCUUUUCCAACGAGCUUCUUUGGAGAACCCAUUUAAGUUCCAUGCUCAAUGUAACAAGCAAAAAAUUAUUAGUGUUUGUUUUGCAGAUGAUCUGUUUCUGUUUGCUAGGGGUGAUAUUAAUUCAACUAAGACCCUUAUGGACGUUUUGAACCACUUUCAAAGGAUUUCUGGCCUUUCUCCGAGUCUUACAAAGAGCACAGCUUUUUUCUGUAGUAUUGCUGAUCAUACCAAGCAAGCAAUUUUAGCCAUUAUGCCAUUUGAUGAAGGUAAGCUUCCUGUUCGCUAUCUAGGUGUGCCGCUUAUCUCGACUAGACUAGGUUACAAAGAUUGUAAGGUUUUAGUUGAAAGAAUGGAAAAACGUAUUGAUGAUUGGAAAACUAAAACCCUUUCUUUUGCUGGAAGACUCCAUAUUAUCAACUCGGUUUUAGCUUCAAUGCACAUUUACUGGGCAUCGAUCUUCAUUCUUCCUGCUCGAGUUAUUAAAGAAUUAGAACAAAAAAUGAGAAACUUUCUAUGGGGUAUGGGACCUGGUGGGAAGGUUAAAUCUAAAGCUUCGUGGAAAUCAGUGUGUCUACCAAAAUAUGAAGGCGGGCUGGGAAUCAAAAGAAUUUCAAAUUUUAAUAAAGCACUCAUCACUAGCCAUAUUUGGAGCAUUGUGACUGAUAGGGAAUCGUUAUGGGUUCGGUGGAUACACUCCUAUAAACUAAAAGGUAGAAACUUUUGGGAUGUUACUCCUUGUGGAUCAAUGAGUUGGGGAUGGAGGAAGAUCCUUCUAUUACGGGACACUAUCCGCCCUUACAUAUGGAAAAAUAUUGGGAAUGGUCUAUCUACUUUGGUAUGGAAUGAUACUUGGAAUGAGCGCUGCCCCUUAAGGAACUUCAUCUCUACUAGAGACAUCAUGCGAGCUGGCUUUCGAUUAGAUUCUAAUAUUACUGAUGUUCUUAGUAAUGAUCAAUGGACCUGGCCUCAAGAGUGGUAUAAUACUUACCCUGUCCUCGAUCAGAUUCAUCCACCUAUGGUUCAUCAUAACAUUCAUGAUCGAACUGUUUGGAAGGAUUUGGAUGGAGUGGAGCAGGAGUUCUCUGUUAGCGAGGUUUGGAAUGAUGUUCGGUAUAAACAAGAUAAAGUACCAUGGGUGAAUAGUGUGUGGUUUUCUACAUGUGUACCAAGGCACGCGUUCCAUCUAUGGCUAGUUUUUCAUAAUAAAUUGAAGACCCAAGAUAGAUUGAAGGCUUGGGAAGUUGGAAGUGCCACAAAUCUCAACCUCAUGUGCUGCCCUUUUUGCCAAAAAGGAAUAGAUUCUCGCUCACAUCUAUUUUUUCAGUGCUCUUUUUCUUUGCAGGUUUGGGGCCAAAUUAAACAUAUGGCAAACAUGUCAGCAGUUGUGGAAUCAUGGGAUAGUAUUGCAAGAUGGCUAAUUUCUAGAUCUAGCUCUACUCAGAACUCAGCUGAAAGUGUAAUCGCAAGACUCCUUGUGGCUGCUGCCUCAUAUUUUUUGUGGCUCGAACGUAAUUCAAGAUUGUUCUCUAAUACCAAAUGCUCUGAAGCUCAAGUAAGAGAAAAAAUCAUGACCACCGUGCGCCUGAAGCUUCUCUCACUCAAGUUUAAGGCUACCAGUAGUAAUCGUCAGGGUGACGGCCUUUUCCGAAAAAAAAAAGAGAACUCCCCAGCUCCAUUUUCUUCACUAAGGAAUGGUUCUACCAUUGUUCCUAGUCUUGCCUCGGAGUUCAAUAAGGGUUUGGGUUCUCAUACUUAUGUUCCUCCUUCGGUGGGUCGUCUUAGGGAUGAUGCUAGUCAUCCUGCUCAUGCUAGGGCACUUGCUAAGGCCAUGACCCCUCUAAUUUUGGCCCUCGAGCAUGAUCAUAGGUCCUUGGAUGAUCUUAAUGAUAAGCUUAAUUUGUAUGCUUAUCAUGCUGUUGUUGUGGGUGCUUCUUAUCGAGGAUGCGCAGAUGCUAAGAUUGAGGAGCUUUCUGGUAUUAUUUCCAUGCUUAAGAGUGAGAGGGAAGCUCAUCUUGAAGAAGACCGUGUUUAUGGGGAUAAACUCAAGUUGAUUAUGGAAGAGAAUGAUAAGGAGAAUGCAAGGCUUUCUUGUAAGUUAAAUUCUAAGAGCAUUAGCUUGGGAGAGAGGGAGAGGGAGCUCGCUGAGUCUCAGGCUGAGGUAGAGAAACUUAGGGGGGAGCUUGCCAUGGAGAGGAGUAUGAGGGAGGAGUUGUCUGAUUCUUCCUAUAGAGGAAAGGAUUUUAUUGAUGCCUUUCCCGACUUGUUUAGGGGACUUCUUAGUCACUCGGAUGUUCUUUCUCCCUUUAAGUUAUUUAAUCAGACUUCUUUGUUAGCAGGGCUGUGUAAGGGUAGCAUUAAGGUCUUUAGGUGGAUAGAGGAAAAUGCAAAAAUGCAUUAA